UCUUCACAUUUCUGACUGCAUCAUGUCACACAAUCAGAUCUACUAUUCUGACAAAUACGACAAUGACAGAUACAAGUACUGGCAUGUUGUGUUGCCAAAAGAUAUUGCCAAACGUGUCCCCAAAACUCAUCUAAUGUCUGAAUCCGAGUGGAGGAACCUGGGUGUGCAGCAAAGCCAGGGAUGGGUUCACUAUAUGAUCCACCAACCAGAACCCCACAUCCUGCUCUUCCGACGCCCCCUUUAAACUCAGAAGUAAAGAUCAAAUGGGUCCAUGAUUGUCCCUAAUCUCAGGAUCUCAUCAUGCUGCAAGACCCUGUCACGGACUGGUCCUGGACCUUAAAGUGAACUAUUAUGAACUAUGAUGUUGAUGCAUGAAGUAUGUCUUAAAGGGAACGCCAUCUCCUUUUUCAAGCAGACAAGAUUUCUCCAUGUUUAACACAUUCCACAGAUUCUUUCAUCAAAUUGCACUGUGACUUGUGAUGUAUAUGCUCUACCUGCUUGGAUUUGCCAGCUUUUAAAACAAACCUAUAAGAUGUGGGGAG